CUUGUUCCCUGUUCUUUGCCCCUGGUUUGCCUGGCGAAGAUACCACAGUGAUGUCUGCAUUCAACCUGCUGCACUUGGUGACAAAGAGCCAGCCGGUGGCCCUGCGAGCCUGUGGCCUUCCCUCAGGGUCAUGUAGGGAUAAAAAGAGCUGUAAGGUGGUCUUUCCCCAGCAGGAGCUGAGGAAGCGGCUCACGCCCCUGCAGUACCAUGUCACUCAGGAGAAAGGAACAGAAAGUGCCUUUGAAGGGGAGUAUACACAGCACAAAGAGCCUGGCGUCUAUAGAUGUGUCGUUUGUGGAACCCCAUUGUUCAGGUCAGAAACCAAAUUUGAUUCCGGUUCAGGUUGGCCUGCUUUCUACGACGUGAUGAGUUCGGAGGCCAUCGUGUGCACGGAUGACUUCUCCCACGGCAUGCACCGGGUGGAGACCAGCUGCUCCCAGUGUGGAGCUCACCUCGGGCACAUCUUCGAUGACGGACCUCGUCCAACCGGCAAAAGAUACUGCAUCAAUUCGGCGUCCCUGUCUUUCACGCCUGCAGAUGGCCAUGGAGGUGCCGAGGGAGGCAGUGGGGUCGGCAGCCCAGCCGCCCAGGCAGACAGAGCGGAGCUGUAG